CCCAGGUAGAGCCGCCGGGCGGCUACGCAACCCACGGGAUGAAGUGCUACCGCCUCUGCGUGUUUGAUGCAGCCCGCGGGCCCCGGCGGCUGAUGCGCGUGGGCCUAGCGCUGAUCCUGGUGGGCCACGUGAACCUGCUGCUGGGGGCCGUGCUGCACGGCACUGUCCUGAGGCACGUGGCCAACCCCCGUGGCGCUGUCACACCGGAGUACACCACCGCCAAUGUCAUCUCUGUGGGUUCAGGGCUGCUGAGUGUUUCCGUGGGACUUGUGGCUCUCUUGGCAUCCAAGAACCUUGUUCGUUCACCACUGCACUGGGCCCUGCUGGCCCUGGCUCUAGUGAACUUGCUCUUGUCUGCUGCCUGCUCCAUGGGUCUUCUCCUUGCUGUGUCACUCACUGUGGCCAAUGGUGGUCGUAGACUUAUUGCUGACUGCCAUCCAGGACUGCUGGAUCCUUCCAUCCCACUGGACCAGGGGUCUGGUCACACGGACUGCCCCUUUGACCCCACAAGAAUCUAUGAUACAGCCUUGGCUCUCUGGAUCCCUUCUCUGCUUAUGUCUGCAGCUGAGGCUGCUCUAUCUGGUUACUGCUGUGUGGCAGCACUCACCCUGCGUGGAAUUGGGCCCUGCAGGAAGGAAGGGUUUCAGGGGCAGCUAGAGGAACUGACAGAGCUUGAACCUCCUAAAUGUAAACAGCAGGAAAAUGUGCAGCUACUAGAUCAACAUCAAGAACUCCAGGAGUCACAGAAAACCUGGGUUUAGGACAGGCAGGUGAUGUUCCAAGGCUCAGUCCACAAGUGUUUUCCACUGGGGCCCUGACACCAGGAUGGUAUCGAUAAUUGUAAUAAAGAACUUCUCUUUUUUCUA